AUGUGUGCCGUUUCUCAUUGCGUUCCAUCAGAGAAAGUGACCAAAGUGUGUGACUCGGACGGUCAGUGGUUUCAUCAUCCGGAAAGCAACCGUCUGUGGUCCAAUUACACGCAGUGCUCAGCGUACACUAAACAGAAACUUGAGCUCAUGUUAGUGAAUUACUAUCUGGUGAUGGUGGGACAGGGGCUGUCCAUCAUAUCGCUGUUCAUCUCCAUCUGCAUCUUCUCACACUUCAAGUGUUUGAGCUGCCAGCGAAUCACUCUUCAUAAAAACAUGUUCAUCUCCUUCAUCCUGAACUCGUUCGCCACCAUGGCCUGGUUCUACUUCAUCUUUGGAGACCAGAGACAAGACACCAGAAUGGAUUCGUCUCAGAUCGGCUGUAAGCUGCUGGCUAGUAUCAUGCAGUACACCUCCUGCUCCAACUACUUCUGGAUGCUGUGUGAGGGGAUCUACCUGCACACGCUCAUCAUCGUGGCCGUGUUCGUGGGAGAGCAGCAGCUGGGCUGGUAUUACGUCCUCGGCUGGGGUUUCCCAGUGAUCCCUGCAGUCCUGUAUGCUGUAGCCCGUCUGCUCUUCCACGAUGACAAGUGUUGGAUCAUGAAUAUAAACCUGCUGUACAUCAUACACAGCCCCAUACAAGUCGCUCUGCUGGUGAACCUGUUCUUCCUGCUGAACAUUGUGCGGAUGUUGAUCACCAAACUGCGGGUCACUCACCGCACCGAGACCAAUGUCUACAUGAAGGCGGUUCGCGCCACCAUCAUCCUGGUUCCUCUGCUGGGCGCUCAGUUCAUCCUGGUGCCGCUGGAGCCCAGCGGACGCGUCUCUCGGGCCAUCUACGAGUUCUUCAUGAACAUCUUCGCCCAUUUCCAGGGUCUCCUGGUGGCUGUAAUCUUCUGCUUCUGCAAUGGAGAGCUGGAUGCAGGAGUAGAUCCCAGUAAAGCGCACAGAUCUCCUCCUGUGCAGCCGGACUGAUGGACGAGAGCUGAUCUCAAAGCGCUUCUCCAUCAGAAAGCUCUUAAAAUGCAUGGUAUGUGCACAAACACGGCUCUCCGACCGCUCUUGCCCUUUGACCCAGGAAGCGCUCGCACCCCUCCGAUCUCCUCCAGCCCUCCCCCUCGAUCCUGACCCGCCUCGCAGACACAAAGCAGACGAGAUGGCCUAGAUUCAACCCUCAACACACAUGAGA